GAGAGAGAGAGAGAAAGACAGAGAGAUUCACACACAGGAGGAGAGAGGGAGGAGGAGAGAUGUAUUUUCAUCCUUAGCCAAGCACAGACCUAGCAGAGGAGCUAAGCUCACCUUUUUUUUCCGCAGUCGGCCAUAAUUUACUGCUCCCGCCGUCAUUUAAUUCCUCAAAAAUCUUCUCAUUUGAAUUCUGUUCUUCAAUCGGGCUUAAUGAUGAGCUCCAGUCUGCUAGAAAACCCAGUGCAGGCGAUUUUGUACUUGCGGGAGCUCACCACCAUCGUCCAGAACCAACAGAGUCUGAUCCAAACCCAGCGUGCGCGGAUAGAAGAGCUGGAUCGGCGGGUGGACGAGCUUAUCAGCGAGAACAGUUACUUGAAGGAUGUCAGGGUACAGCAGCAGCAGCAGCAUUUGUGUCUUCACGACCACAGCCAUCACCAUAACCUCCCUGAUCCAAACAGGAUCCAUCAUUACAACCACCAUACCUUUCAGGACUCUCAGCUUGGCUCCCUGCCACAGCAUGCAGCUGCUGCAGCAGCACAGGUCGAGGACACGACGAGGGGGCAGCCUUCUUUAACGCCGUCGCAACCAACUGACCAAGAAAACAUGCAGUUGGUUCCGGCCGAGCCUUCCACGAGCUUUCAUAUUGAACACGACAACUCGGAAAACGGCGGAGGUUGCUCCAGCUGUCGCUCGUUAGUGCAUAUGACCCAGACGAGCGUUUGUAGAUCUCUGGCCCUGGCACGGAAAUCCGAGAGUGAAGUUGUGCUGCACCAGUUCUGUUGCCCAGCCCCUGAGCAUCCAGAGACUGACAUCGCCGGUGGAAAGCUUCUGAGUCUGGAGGAUGGAACGUCCCCUGGUAGUGGACAGGAAAUGGAGGGUACCAAGAGGGAGGGACCCAGUGAGUAUGAGAUCAUGAUGGAGAACAAGAAUAAGCAGAUAGAAGAUUUAGAGCAGAAGUAUGGAGGCCAUCUUAUAGCAAGGCGGGCAGUCCGUCGUAUUCAAACAGCUUUUCGUCAGUACCAGCUGAGCAAAAACUUCCAGAAGAUCCGCAACUCGCUGUCAGAGAGCAAGUUGCCUCGUCGCAUCUCACUGCGCCAUCCUUGCCCCUCCGCCCGAAAUCAGAACAUGACACAGCGACACAGUUACACUUUGCACCCAGUAGGGGAAGGAGGAGGUGGAGGAGGAGGAGGAGUAGGAGGGCAAACACCUUUUCGCUCGAAAACUCCCCCUCCUCCUCCAUGUCGCUCUACAUCUUUACCUACAUCUGCUGCUUCGGCUCCUGCAAAUCCUUCCUCUCCUAUCCCUACCACAGCCCCACCUUCGGCACCCACCCUCACACAACUGGAGGACUGCUUCUCUGAACAACUGCACUCUUUGGCCCAAUCAAUCGACGAGGCCCUUCGAGGUUGGAGCUUAUCAGACGGCGAAGAAAGCAAGGGGCUGCUAAUGGACCCGGGGGCACUUUGUGCAGUCGCCGAGAGCACAUGUCUGCCGCGCAGCGCCAGCUCGCUGCUCAUGGCCUUUAGGGAUGUCACUGUUCACAUUGACAGCAACAGCUCCUACACCAUAUCUUCUGCCACAACCACAACCACAACCUCGCUUGGCAACACCGGGGGAGCCGAGCCUGGCAGCAGGAAGAGCUCCCUGAGCAGAAGUGCUGGGCAAGGAGGCGGACUAUUAAUGGAGGACCCGGAGUUCCCUGCCCCGCCGCCCAACGAAGAGCUGGAAAUGGUUGAUCCGGGAUCCAGGACUUGCUCUGGAGUUGGAGAAAGAGGGAUUGCAGAGGUGGACACUAUCUCGGACCAACUCGGGUCCACCUCCACAUCUACCUCUACUUCCACCUCUAUCUCCACCUCUACCUCCACCCAGUCAAACCAGCAACAGGCUCAGAUCUACACCCAGUACCAGCAGUACCACUUUACCCAUCCCCAGCAGGUUGCUCAGGGGCCAAGCCCUGAGGCACUGCAGGCCCUGGUCAUCUCGGUUCCUAGGGACCGUUGCCAGGAUCCGGUCUCUUGCUGCUCACCAACGUUGUCCACAGACACACACCGAAAGCGCCUGUACCGCAUAGGACUAAACCUCUUUAAUGUGAACCCAGAAAAAGGUGUCCACUUCUUAAUAACGCGUGGCUUCGUCCCAGACACGGCAAUAGGAGUGGCCCAUUUUUUGCUGCAGAGGAAGGGCCUCAGUCGACAGAUGAUUGGAGAGUUCUUGGGGAACAGCAAGUUGCAGUUCAACAGAGAUGUGCUUGAUUGUGUGGUGGAUGAGAUGGAUUUUUCUGGCAUGGAGCUGGACGAGGCCCUCAGAAAGUUUCAGGCUCACGUUCGUAUUCAGGGAGAAGCUCAAAAGGUGGAGAGACUCAUUGAAGCGUUUAGCCAGAGGUACUGCAUGUGUAAUCCCGAUGUGGUGCAGCAGUUUCACAACCCAGACACCAUCUUUAUCCUGGCAUUUGCUGUGGUCCUCCUCAACACAGACAUGUACUCUCCCAACAUCAAGCCCCAACGUAAAAUGGGCCUCGACGAUUUCAUACGUAACCUAAGAGGUGUGGAUGAUGGGGCAGACAUCCCCAGGGAGAUGGUUAUAGGCAUUUAUGAAAGGAUUCAACAGAGAGAGCUGCUUUCCAAUGAGGACCAUGUCACCUAUGUGAGUCGUGUGGAGCAAUCAAUCCUGGGCCUAAAAACUGUUCUUGCUGUGCCUCACAGACGCCUGGUGUGCUGCUGUCGACUGUUUGAGGUGCCUGAUGCUAACAAGGCUCACAAGCAGAAACUGUCCCAGCUUCAGAGGGAAGUCUUCCUCUUCAAUGACCUGCUUCUGAUCCUCAAACUGUGUCCCAAGAAAAAAAGCUCAGCUUCGUACACCUUCUGUAAAGCUAUGGGUCUCCUGGGAAUGCAGUUUCACCUCUUCAGUAAUGAAUAUUACGCCCAUGGCAUAACAAUGAUGAGUCCGUUUACAUCAGAAAGGAAGCAGCUAGUAAGCUUCUGUUCUCCAAGUGGAGAGGAGCUAAGGAAGUUUGCAGAGGAGCUUCGGGAGGCCAUCGCUGAAGUCAAUGAGAUGGAGCACAUACACAUUCAGUGGGAACUGGAGAGGCAACAAGGUAUUCAGCUGCAUGACCCGCACGUCAAUAGUGGACACACUGGACACGGCUCUUCCUCAGGCCAUAAUUUGCCUGAUAACAGAGGCAACAACACAGUAGAGGUGUCAAUUCACAACAGGCUGCAGACCUAUCAGCUGAGCCAGCCCAGCACUGAGUCCACAGCUUUGGCACUGACCGCUCCUCCUAACCUGCUCGGCACUAUGCAGCCUGGAGAGCUGUGCUCAGAAACACUCAUCCAGUGUCAGCAGAUCGUCAAGGUGAUCGUGGUGGACCAGAGCGGGCGAGGACAUAUGGAAACGUUCCUUAGCCAAGGCCCGACAAGUCAUCAGUUCAUCCAGUCGGCCAUGUCGACGCCCGUGUGCGUCAGGGACGAGGACAGCCCUCAGUUGCCCCUGCCGCCCCCGCCGCCCCCUUACAACCACCCCCACCAGUUCUGUCCCCCUGACUCGCCCAUACCCUUUCACCACACCUUGCCUCUGACCCGCAGACGCAACUCGAGCAGCUCUCGCAGCAUUGUCUAAGUCACGGAAGAAACACGGAAGACCCUCAUCUAAAUGUAGACACGACCGUUACGUACAUACGCACACACACACACAUACUGUGCACGGGUGGUACGAGAAAUAGUUAAAGUGGUCAAAGUCAAACAUUGGUUCCCGAACCGUCUCCGCUGGGCGCCCCCUUUGGAUUCGUAAGAAAAUCUUCAUGCUCGUCCACCAAAACGUAAACAGGACAGGCACACGUAUUUUUCUUUACGGACU